AUGUCGACUCAUUCUGCGGUGGUAACUGUUGGCCCAGGGUUACCUUUGGCUGUCCACCAGGUCCCUACGCCUGUCCCGACGGGGGAUCAGAUCCGAGUCAAGAACAGAUGGACAGCGUCAACACCCCUCGAUCUACACCAAGCGGACGGAGGACUCCUAGUGCAGCCGCCUCAGAUACUGGGUGACGGCGUUGCUGGCGAAGUGGUCGAGGUUGGACCAGAAGUUUCCAAGCUGAAAGUGGGUGACAGGGUCUUCGGGUUUUGCUGGCGGACUCAGGCCGAGAAAGCGCACCAAGAAUACGUCGUUGCACCGGAGUACCUCUUCGGAAAAGUUCCCGACGGCCUCUCCAUGCAAGCGGCUGUGACGGUCCCGAACAACUUUGUGACGGCAUGGCAUACUUUCACCAAAAACUUCGACUUCGAGCUGCCCUGGCCCAAACCGCAAGAAUACGUCCCCAAGGAAAAGGAUGUCUGGAUUUUGAUCUGGGGCGGAGGCUCCAGCGUCGGUCAGUACGUGCUGCAGGUCUUGAAAUGGUAUGGGUACACCAAAAUCAUUACGACCGCGAGCAUGAAGCAUCACCAAAGGUUGCAAGCAUAUGGCGCUGCCAAAUGCUUCGACUACAGAGCUGUCGAUGUGGAGCAAGAUAUCAUGGGAUUUCUUCACACCCAGGCAUCUUCGGGCGGCAUCGGCUAUGUCCUGGAUUGUAUAGGUAGCGCGGAGGGCAGCGUGAGACCCGUUGCACAGCUUGCGAAAGCCGGGACUAGGGUUGCAAUCCUGCUGCCCGUCAUCUUGAAAGAUGCCGCUGAGGGUGUCAAACCAGAAUAUGAGAUGGAUGUCGAAAAAGUCGCGGACUGGGCCGAUGGCGUGGUGGUCUCCGGGGUCAGGACCCAUUUCUACCUCGACAACAAGUUUUUGGCCGAACACUUACAACCUGAGAUCAUGCCGACGCUGUUGUCUAGCGGAGUCAUUGAACCGAAUGAUCAGAUCAUUGUCGAAGGCUCAACUCUCCUGGAACGGGCUGAGAAGGCUCUGUCGAUGUUGAGGAACAAACAAGUCAGUGGAGCGCGAUUGGUGUGGAGGGUUUCGGAUGAAUAG